AUUUUAUUCUUUUAUUUUGGGAUUUUUGUUCUAUUGCUGUCAUUCUGUUGCACUGCGGAGCUUCUGUCACGAAAACAAAUUCCUCAUAAGUGUAAACAUAUGGCAAUAAAGCUAAUACUUCUGAUUCUGAUUACACAGCAAUGGAAAAGAGAUUUGAAACCAUAUGAUGGUACAAUGUCUCUCCUCUGUAGACCUAUAUAUAAAUUCAUUUAACUAGCUUCUUAGUUUGGUAUUACUUUAAUAAACACACAAAUGACAUCAUCUUGGCAAGCAACUGUGUGUCUCUCUCUCUGUGUGUGUUUAAGUUUCACAUUAGAGCAAGCUUCAGUUCUGUCUCUUUAUCUGUGGCCACACACACACACACACACAUAAGAGAGUCCCGCCCACAAACACGCACGAGGAAAAGAAAGAAACGAAACUAAACUGUUUGUAGAGUCCCUUUAACAGCGAGCUCCUUGUUCUCCAUGCAAAUGGCAGAUGAACAGGACUCACGCGUGUGCUCCGUCUGCCUCCAGGACCUGCAGGAAACCAGCUGCCCUCGAUGUAAACAGAAUUCCUCACAUGAGACAGACACACACUUACUGGUGGACGUCACUGGAGAACUCCAAAGAAAGAGGUGUCCCCAACAUCACAAGCUCCUGGAGGUUUACUGCCGCACUGACCGCCAGUGUAUCUGCUGCCUCUGCAUGCUGGACACCAACCACAAACAUCAUGACAUGGUCUCGGCUGCUACAGAACGAGCGGAGAAACAGGUCUUCUAUGUCCCGACUUUCUCAAACGGAUCGUUUUCUGUCGCUGCUUCUGACAAGUCUGCUCUGAUUGGCCGAACACCCCAAGCACUCAUCAGAAAUAUAACGCUGAUUCAGAAGUGGCAGAUUAUAGCAAAGUCGUAGCAAAGUCAGAAUCACCUCCUCUCUGCAUUACACAAAUAUUUCCGCAUAGUGAUGUAGAGAUGUUCACCGAACUGCUCAGCUUUAUACGGAGAAGCCACACAGAGAUGAUUAGGCUGGUCCAAAGUCAGAUGACCAUAGAGUUGAACCGGAUUCAGGGACAUUUGGAAGGUCUGGAAAAGGAGAUCUCAAAGUUGAAGAGAAAUUGUAUGAAAAAAUGCAUUUCAAUGCUUGUGCAUUCUCACUCAAAUGUUUUGCAUGAUCCAAAAGAAACUUUGCAUUUCCUCACAAACCUCCAUGGAAAAUGUAAAGGAAAUGCAAAGGUUUU